UGUAAAACAAAUCGUGUGCAACAAUAGUUCAAUGUCAUUGGGUGAUAUAAUGUGUGUACGUAUGCGUGUCAUUCUUUUCCUCGCCUUCACAUAAAACUAAAGAAAAAUUAAGCUGCUGAUAGUAGCCUCUAAGUAGGGAGUCAUAUGGGUUUCAAACUUGUAGGUUACGGGGUCGCGAGUGCCAAAAGGUUGGGAACCACUGGCAUAUAGUCUCUCCCUGUGAGGUACCAGUUCCUAUAGACACUACCACAUAGAAACAUACUACCCAAGGUUGAGAACCCCUGGUCGAGAGAGAGAGAGAGAGAGAGUCAUGUGGGAGGGAUGACGGGAGUGAGGGACGGACGGCCCGGGACGGGGUGGGUGUGGAUGGCAGGCAAGCAGUCAGGACAAGGCGCUGGCGGUGAGAAUGGUGAAGACGAAGACAGUGGUAAUAGUGAUAAUAACGAAGAGAACAGUGUAUGUGUAGCCUCUCAGUAAUCAGAGACCAACUAGGGACACAAAGCGGACAGCAGUGUGGGUACUUGCUGGUGACACACGAACAUGUCCGCCGCCAAACAUUCUCUGGCUAACGUGUGUUUCUGUGGGACAUGGAGGGCCGCAAGUAUUAUGAUUUCCUGAGUGCUUAUUCUGCGGUGAACCAAGGCCACAAUCACCCACGCAUCCUGCAGGCCCUUCAGGAGCAGGCAGGCAUCCUCUCCCUCACCUCCCGAGCCUACUAUAACAAUGUGCUGGGGGAAUAUGAGGAAUUUGUCACCUCCCUGUUUGGCUACGAUAAACUGCUGCCCAUGAACACUGGCGUAGAAGCGGGAGAGACAGCUUGUAAGAUAGCCAGGAAAUGGGGCUACGAGAAGAAGGGCAUUCCGGCGAACCAGGCCAAGAUUGUGUUUGCCAAUAAUAACUUUUGGGGGCGUACUCUCUCUGCAGUCUCCAGCUCCACUGACCCAACUGCCUAUGGUGGCUUUGGUCCAUACAUGCCUGGCUUCUCUCUGGUGCCCUAUGAUGACUUGGCUGCACUCGAGGAGGUGCUUAGUGACCCUACUGUGGCGGCCUUUAUGGUGGAGCCUAUCCAGGGGGAGGCAGGAGUGGUGGUGCCCCAGGAUGGAUAUCUCAGGGGCAUCCGGGAGCUAUGUGACCGCCACCAGGUACUGUGGAUAGCGGAUGAGAUACAGACAGGGCUGGCCAGGACUGGGAAGAGACUGGCAGUGGAUCAUGAAGGAGUGAAGCCUGACAUUCUGUUGCUGGGCAAGGCUCUCUCUGGUGGACUAUACCCUGUGUCUGCAGUGCUGGCCAACAAUGACGUGAUGAUGGUGAUCAAGCCAGGGGAGCACGGGUCAACCUAUGGCAGCAACCCACUGGCCUGCAAGGUUGGCAUAGCAGCCCUAACAGUGAUGGAGGUGGAGAAACUGGCUGACAAUGCACACAAGAUGGGCAACAUUCUGCGAGGGGAGCUGAGCAAACUCCCUAAGGAUAUUGUGUCCAUCGUUCGUGGCCGAGGUCUUCUCAAUGCCAUAGUGAUUAAUGAAAAAUUCGACGCCUGGAACGUGUGUCUGCAACUCAAACAGAACGGCCGGCUUGCCAAACCCACUCACGGCGACAAGAUUAGAUUUGCUCUUCCACUGACCAUCACAGAGCAGCAGUUGCUGGAAUGGACUGAGAUUAUUCACAAAACUGUGCUGAGUCUGUAGGAGGGAAGAGAGGAGGAGAACCAGGAUAAAUUAGACACAAGGAGAGGAAAGACUAGCUAAAUGGCUGAUUGGCUCUAGGUAUGUGUCUGUAGGAUAGCUGUAGUAAUAAUAGUUGUAGUAGUAGUACUAGUAGUAGAAGUAGUAGUAGUAGUAC